AUGAGUGCCAUGAAGUUUUGCCGCGAGUGCAACAACAUCCUUUACCCGAGAGAAGACAGGGAGCGGAAGGUCCUCCUCUUUGCCUGCCGGAACUGCGACUACCAAGAGGUAGCUGAUUGUAACUGUGUCUAUAGAAACGUGGUACAUCAUUCUGCAGGUGAACGCACUCAAAUCUUACAUGAUGUAGCAUCUGAUCCAACUCUUCCUCGCACAAAGACAAUGAAAUGCAUUCAGUGCAAUCAUCCUGAAGUUGUAUUCUUCCAGGCUGCUGCUAGGGGAGAGGAAGGUAUGACUUUGUUCUUCGUCUGCUGCAACGCUAAUUGUGGUCACAGAUGGAGAGAGAACUGA